CACGAUCAGGGUAUUUAGAUAUUAGGUGCUAAAAUUGUCCCGACUCCUCCCACCCUACCAUAUAUACACCUCACCAGCAGAUACAAAAUGAGAAUCUCACGGAAGCAAGUUUACCUUAUAUUGACUGUUGUGGUUUACUCCAUCGUUGUCAUUUUCCUGGAUAAGUUUAUUUUUGAAUCAGUGUUAAUCAGCGAGUCUUGGGUGCAUGGGUUACAAAGCGAACCGAUAACACCUUUCAACAGAAGCAUAGUCAGACAGGGCGAGAAACUUAUUGUUGUGUAUGUUCCUGCGUUCGGUAAUAUAAUGGACAUCCAGUGUAAUGGAUGUCAUGUCACCCAUGAUAAACAAAUGGUGUUGGAGGCAGAUGCGGUGAUAUUCCACUGCGCAGCACUACGAGAUUCGAUGCUGGGCAUGCCUGCUAGAACGGGCAACCAAAAAUGGGUUUGGAUGUGUGCAGAACCACCAUGGAACACGAGAUACGUCUUUGAUAAAAGUUUAGUAAAUUUCAAUCGUGUUUUUAAUUGGACGAUGACUUACAGAGUUGACAGCGAUGUUUUAAUGUCCUACUCAGUUCCAAUACCAGUUACUAAUAAAAGUGUUGAAGAGAUGGUCAAAGCCAAAAGUUUGUUUGGUGUCUGGGCUGUGUCUAACUGCGCCGCAUCCGAUCGAAGGGAUCUUAUCGAACAGUUGAAACAAUUUAUAGAUAUUGAUAUAUUUGGAAAAUGUGGGACGAAAAGAUUAUGCACGCAACCCUGUCAGUUUGAAGUUAUUUCCAAAUACAAAUUUUACUUCGCGUUUGAGAAUUCUCGUUGUAAAGAUUACAUUACUGAAAAAUAUUGGAUGAAUGGAUUCUUCAGCGGGACAGUACCGGUGGUUAUGGGACCAACACGGAGCGAUUAUGAGCUUGUUUCGCCCCCCAAUUCAUUCAUACAUGUCGAUGAUUUUAAAUCGGUAGAGGCGCUAGCGAGCUACCUUAUAAAGCUAGACAAUGACGACAAACUUUACGGGGAAUUCCUACAGUGGAGAAAUUCGGGGGAUUGGUCUCGGGAAAUCCCCACUGGAAGGUCCUAUGACGACAUAAAAGGUUUGGCUGAAAGUAGAAAGACUGGAGAACAAAGUUUUUGUGGGGUUUGUGAAAAGUUAAAAACGAGCCCUCCCCCUUCUGUUGUUGAAAGUUUAAGCGAUUUCUGGUACGGUGAAGGGUAUUCCCCUGAUUCGGAACACUUUUCAAUAUGCUCCCCGAAAUCUGGGGCGAGUGGUUACCCGUUAAAGUGGAUAGGCAAUUAA